AUGGCUCCCGACUCGGCUCAUGAUGGCGCUUCUACCGCGCCAGGAGAUCCCAUCCAGGAUCUCCCCCGGGAGUUGGUCGACCAAAUGACCUCCAUGUUCGGCUACCAUGCCGGUUAUCGCACAACACACGCCAAAGGUCUCCUCGUAGAGGGAGAAUUCAAGCCAUCCAACGAGGCGAAAUCCCUUUCUACAGCCGCUCAUUUCAACCAGCCUUCCACCGCAAUCAUCGGUCGAUUCUCCGUUGGCGGCGGCAUCCCCAACAUUCCCGACGCAGACAACCAAGCCACCCCCAAGGGACUCGCCAUUCGCUUCUUGAUUGAUGGAUGGACAUACACUGAUUUGAUUGCCCAUUCCUUCAACGGCUUCGCCGCCAACAACGGCCAAGACUUCUUGACGUUCCUCAAGCUCUUCUUUGCCGAAGGCGUUGCCAAGAAGCUCCUCGACGAUGCUGUAAAACAAGGCGGGAGCUAUUCCAAGGAGAAAGCGGAUUUUGAACAGGCAGUCAAGGUAUUCAAGACGUGGUUGGGAACACACCCGUCUGCCUUUAGAUUCGUCGACUCUCCCAAGCCCAACCCCUUCAACUACGGCACCAUUACAUAUUACCAGCCCAACACCCACGUUUUAACCAACGCAAACGGUGACAGCGUAAAUGUGCGAUACCGUCUCGACCCCGCAGACGGAGUACAUUUGUUCCCCGAGAAUGGUGCGCCCAAGGACCCCAACUACCUGGAGGACGAUCUCCUGCACAGGUUUCCCACAACACCCAUCGUCUUCAAUCUUCAGGCCAACGUUGCAGGUCCCGAUGACAUCCUGGAUGAUGCUACCAUUCCGUACAAAAGCACGAAAUGGGUCCCCGUGGGCACGAUUGAGAUCAACAAGGUUGCCGAGGACAAUGCGAAUAAGCAGCAGAAAAUCGCGUUUAGUCCUGUGCCUGAAAGCGGAGGCGUGCAUGGAAUCAAGUCGAGCAACGAUCCGUUGAUUCAAACUAGGAAGGGGGUUUACCACAUAAGCUCGAAGCAGAGGCAAGAAGCAAAGAGGGAGCCGGGUGGCGUUGCUGAGACUUGGCCCUAA